AUAAGGAGCGCUUAGUAUGAGCUGUGACCAUGAAGAGCGCGGGCAGCGCUUCAGGGUAACUGGACUCUGACCAAUAUCAUGAACUCUGAUGUAUGCACGAUUGACGACUUUUCUGAGCUUAAGGAUCUAGUUGAGAAGUCCCAUAAUGUUAAGGCAGAUGUAUCUGAUGAAAUCAAGAACUUACUUGCUAGAAGAAGUGAAAUAGAGCACAAAUUAAAAAAGAUAAACUCUUUAAUACCUGAUUUCCAUAAGUUACAAAUAAAUGCCGAAAAUUCUUCAAGAUUGGUGGGCUGUGCUUCAAAACUUGCUCUACAGCUCAGUGGGAAAGUGGAGCAAUUAGAUUUUGUGAAAAAUCAUGUUCUUAAUUGUGUAGAUAAACUUAGUCAUAUAAUUACUGUAAGAAACAGUGCAGUUGGAGUGAAACGAUGUCUCAUGGACUCUAAAUUAGAUGAAGCCGCUGGUUACGUGUUUACUUAUCUGGAAAUGGAGAGAGACAUAAUUUCUCUUAUCUCUCGUCUAUCAGCGGAUAAUCCUGAUAAUAACCCAUUGAAAACUCUGGAUGACAGUCGACAAAUUCUCGUAAAGAUGGCAAUUGGGAAAUUCGAUGAAUAUAUUUCGAAACGGGAUGAAAAGAAUAUAGUACAUUUGUUAAAGAUAUUUUUCUUAUUGGGCGAAACCAAUGAAGGAAUUCGACGAUUUUCUACAUAUCUUUGCUCAUACAUUUCAAAUAAAUGUGAAAUAUUGAUAACUACUUAUAAAUCAUCUUCAAAAUCAUCUGAAUUUGCAUCAGCUAAUCUAAUCACAGAAAUUUUAGAGUUUGUUGCGGAUACAUUGAAAAAUAUUUCAAUGUACGUCGAAACAUACUGUGGUCCAGGCAACAUAUUUGGGUUUGUAUCUUCUGUUCAUUGUGUCGUUGACCAAUACGUCAAGUGUGUAAUCGAGCGUUUCUAUAAUUAUCAUCAUCUUGAUGAACUUUGUUCAGUGCUCAAGAAAUUAAAUAGUAAUAGUUUAAACAGUAAAAGACAUGAUUCAUCAGCUCAGUCGAUCAAUAGAGAUAAAAUAUUGGAUUCAAACGAAUUAGGAUCAGAUCGCGUAUUGAUCAUUGAGCCUAUAAUUGUUGAAACAUUACAGAUCAUUACAUGUUCAGAACUUUAUUUGAGAUUUAUACAGAGGCGAAUUUCUGCUGAUAUCAAACAGUGCAAUCUUGCAGAAAAUGAUUUUAAAAAGAAAAGUAAUGAAAUUUCAAAGUUUUUUGAAAAUUCUCAUCUUGUUUGUCAAGUACAAGAUUUACUCAAUAAAUAUCUUAAUUUAGAACAAUAUUAUCUUUAUGUGACAAUGAUAAAGGCAUUAAAUUCAGAUGAAGUCGACUCAUCUAGUAAUAUAUGGUGCUUUAUUGACGAUGUGUUUUUCAUCACUAAGAAAAGUCUUGUUCGAUCUCUUUCAUCUGGUAAUGUGGAUACUAUUUGUGCUAUGGUGAAUCAUAGUUGUUCAAUGCUAAUUGAUCUUAUGGUAAAUGAUUUUCUGGGCAACGUUAUUCGUACAGGGUUUCCUUCGGGUUGGGUACAAGAUGCAUACAGUUAUGUUCAGAAUAGUGUUGCUGUGGCUGGUUCACUUAGUUCUUCUUCAUCCAUUGUCAAUGUUCCAACAGUAUCAUCAUUUAAUAUGAUUGGACCUAAUGCACUUACACGAUAUCAUUUUCUAGUUACUCUUAAUAGUAUUGAAGCAUCUCAAAAAGAUUUAUUGUCUCUUGUUAAUCAUCUUGAAAGUGAAUUAAAUUUACUUUAUCAAAAUCAAGAAAUCAAUUCACAAAAACUUAAUAUGUGUAUCACGGAAUUAAAAGUUUCUAUCUCAGAUCAACUUCAAGCAUUACUUGAUUCUGCAUUCGAGUAUCUUUCAACUAGUGUUAUUCAAAGUCAAGUAAAAAGUUUGUUAAAUGUUUUCAAAUCAUUGAAAUAUGAUUUAACUGAGGAGGAUUUAGAUGUAUUCUCUGCUAAUGAUCGAUGGAUUGAAUCAUGUAUAGCUCAUACAGAAGAUUUUCUCAAACCAUUUAGGUCUGUUCUGUCAACUGAGAAUAACGAUCGAUUUGUAUUAAUUCUCAUAAAUGAAAUUUUGCAUCAACUUGAUCAAUUUAUUCAAAGGAAAUCUUUCAGUAGAUUUGGAGCUAUUCAACUAGAAAAAGAAUAUCGUAAUUUGUUUGCAUAUUUGACAUCAAUAUCUUACAGCUCUUUGCGUGAUUAUUUUACGCGUAGUUUACAGAUUUGUAGACUUUUAAACUUGGAUCGAAUUGAAGAAGUACAUUAUUAUUGGAAUAGUUCUAAUUGGCGUCUUACUGCACAUGAAGUCAGAAGUAUUCUAUCUCUAAGACGUGAUUUUGCUGUAAAUGAAAUUCGUGCACUUAAACUACAAUGAUCUUACGUUUUGUCAGUUGUUCUCCUUUCUUUUCUUCUCUUGUUUUUAUUUUCUCUAAAUGUUUUUGUUUUGUUUUUCUAAUUUUUACAAUCUAAUAAAAUUUAUGGGAUAUCCCAACUGUUGUUACCAUGGAAUUGGUGGUUUUUACAAAUUUGAUAGAGUUGAAUUAGAGGUUUUCUUUUUUGAGUCAUGAAUUCUUCAAAUUCGGCAACAAAAUUGACUAACUAUUCAUAUUAAUAUUAUUCAUGAAUUUAUCAUCAACACAAAUGAUAAACUUGGAAAAUUUAGAAUUACAUUAGUCGAUAAUAAUUGAAUUACAUUAAUUGUGAAUACGGUACAAAACAUUGACUGGUCAAACAAUGUCAAAUCGUUUCAUAGAAGUCAUAAGCGAACCAGUUAACGGAGUGUUAGUUUUAUUGAUGAAUAUAAAAGUGAUUUAUGCAUGGAACGACCUGAUGAUCUUUCGAAAUCCUACUGACGGUGAUGAUAUUAAUUAAGGCACGAAAAAAAACACUCGAAUAAUUUCAUCUUUUUCAUACAACAGAAUUAGUUAAGUACUUUUAGGGGAUUCUCUUUGUAUCCUUUCUUUCGCUUAGAUAUAUAUACAUAUAUAUAAUCGAAUAUAAGGAAGUUUCUAGAAAUACUAGAACAAGGUCAAUCGGGCCAGUUUAGCUACAGUGCUUCAUUUUUAUUCUGACCAUCAAGAAAACGGAUUAUUGUAUAUGACAUUGCUAUGGUAAUUAUGACUGAUGUGUUUACGAAAGCUAAAGUGAUUUAAAAGUGUUUCAUAAAAUUGUAACUAACUUAUGUUUACCACAGGCUUACAGCUAAAUCGUGCUGAAACUCAAGUAUUUUAGUGGAUACACUCUACUUUGUAUUAUCUAAUGAUCGUUGAGAAAUAUGUAUCUUUAUUCGUUUCAGUGUUUUAUAAAACAAUACGAGAUGAAAUUGCCUAGAAAAUAAAUGAUUCGCACGAGUCAGUCUAUAGUUGCAUUUCCAUAUAUAUUCAGUUUGAGCAUAACAAAACGGUUCCUCGAAUUGAAGACAGUCACGCUCGUUGACUAGAUAUUCCAUAUUUUAUUGGAAGAUCAAUAGUCUUUUUUUACAAAAUGCUUUAAGUGUUGUGGUUUGUGUAAUUUGUAGACGAUAUUCGUGAAUUAUUGACCGCAUUGGCUUACUUUGAAAUAAAUUGGUAAGUCUCCGUUGUAAAAUCGUCACCGGUUGGACUCAACUAGUUUGGGAUUGAUGCAGUCGUCACCAAUAAGAUUAAAUGAUCGUGUCACUGUUUUUGCUACUGAAUGAUGUUAGAUUUGGUAUAUUGUCGAACCCCCGCCUAGUUGUCUAAUAGCUAAGUGCUCUCUUCGAGAUAUAUGACCAACCUGUAACGAAAAUAUUUUAUACACAUAGUUCCUUUUUAUUAUCAUAAAUAGAGCAAGAACAAAGAUUGGUGCAGAAUAAUAAAUGAAUUCUUUUUUUUUAUUUCGUUAGGUUCUCAUCAGUUGCUUACAACCUGAAAUAUUUAAAAUUCAACAUUAUUACAGAUAUUGACAUAUUUAUACAUAAGAUGGUGAUUAAGGAUCAAUCCAUGUGUAUGAUGAUGUAGCAAGCAAAGAUUCAGAUAGAAUUAAUGAGCUCAUAAAAUGUUUGAUUCGAAUAAAUAACUAAAGUUAGAGAGGGAAAGUUCCAGGACUUUGAAAUAGUGAUUAGAACUCAUGAAAAUAGAUUAAUGGUAAUAAAGAAAAUAUGAAUUGAAAUCAAUCAAUUAUGUAUGAUGUAAUUUAAAAGAGUUGGAGUAAUGACGCAAUAAAUAAAUAGAGAAAUAAAUGAAUAAAAGGGGUUAUUGUUACCAGGGUAAAGAAAGAUUUAUUACUGUCUCUUUUUGUAUACAUAAAUCUGGUUUUAAACGUUUGAUUGCUAACGCUUCAGCGAAUUUCAAAAGGUUCGAGUUUGACUGUUUGUUAAUCACCUUGAAGGAUUUCAGUAUAUCAACUUCAUGUCCUGUAUCAAGGAGAUGUCUUGCGAUGGCACUGUUGAAUGCGUUCAAUCCAUUUAAUCUUAAACUUUUCGGAAUAUGUUCUUUGAAUCGGACGUAGACUCUCCUUUCUGUUCUACCAAUGUAACUGCUUUGGCAGGCACAUGUAGACUAUUAAAUUAUGGUGGGAUUUGAUUAAAUGUUCUUCUGGGCAGUAUGAACAUUGCUGUAUAUUAAAGUAAAACCUAUUUAGGGUCUAAUAUAUAUAUAUAUAUAAUCUUUACAAAAAUAACCAAACUCAUCACUACUCGCUUGCUGAUUUCACAUCUAAAAUCUGAAAUGUUCGAAUAAUGGAAUUUCCGUGUUGAAAACGAUCAUCCAUACACAGAACACUGACGAAAAACUGUAAGCGAAUUCAAUUCAAAUCUUGAACUAAUAAUUAUGCAAGUAAGAAAAUCAAUCAUUGUUGUACCUCGAACUUUUUUUUACACCGGAAAUAGCAUGUUUAUUAUCAUAUAACACUCAGUGCUCGGUUUAUUCACAGUGAUGUCUAUUUAAUUUGUUUUUUAUAAACACAAACAUUUUUCCCAAGAGGCAUCAACUAUAUAUGCGUUACAUUUUGUCAUUCGAUUUGUAUGAGGGCUGGGAUACUGCCCAGGCGCCCAAACCGGAGCAAGUGGUUUUCUUAGGAGGACAUACCCCAAACCUUUGAACUAAAGGUCUAAUUCACAAGGUAGUGGAGCAGCGUUAGGAGAUGCAGUCCCGUUGUAGCCGGUGAUUAAUAGGUUCAUACACCAUUCAUUCCCUCCUGAAGACUAUAUGGAACAUUGAUUUGGAGUCAGGGUUAUCCAACUUCCUUAGGUGGACCCGCCAACCCGGUUAAAGCGCCGGAUGUUCACUUCUCAUCCUCUCGAUUUCGUAAAUAACACCCCCAUUACGAAAAGGUAGUGAGUAGGAUUUCCCUGACUGGCUGUAUAUGUAAAGCAUUUCAAGAGAGAGAGCGAACUCGACCGUACUAAGGUAUUUGGCUGUUCUGCAGUCUAUAGGACAUUAUAUGUGGUGUGGCAAGUCAGAUGAUCCAAAAUAAUUAAUUAAACGGUCACCACAAGCAACAACGUCUUUUGAAUACAUCAAGUGAAGUCGCUAACGCGUAGACGAAUUUAUAGCGUAUUUAAAUUUAAUUCCAUGAACUAUCUCAUAUUUUCUGACUUCUAGAAAUCUACGAGACAUUAAUUUGUAUUGUAUAGCCUUUAUUCCGAGAUCUUCAGUUAUUCCUAAUCAUACUAAAUAAGCGAAGCAGAAGUGGUCUUGCUAAUUUCAACCCCAUACAGAAGAAGGUUGGAUAUUUGUUCAGCAACCUCAUCCCAUAGAAAACAACCUUGCUAAAAAAAACUCUAACCAGAAUAAACAAUUUAGACCAUUUCAACUGUGUUCUCCAAGUUGAAGCAUCUUUAUUCAAAAGAGUUAUGAAGUCUCAUGAUAUAAGCUGAGAUUCUUCAGAAGUCACAAAACCGAAUGAUAGAAUAGGAUUAACACUAAAGAACAUCAAAGUAACAUAUUUUAUACACAGUGGAUGGAUUUAAUUUUUUUUUGUUGUAAACAUUUUUUUAUACACUAAGAACAUGGAAUGAUGCAAAUAAAAAGAGAUUCGGAAACAUUUUUGUAUUGUACAAUCAUCAGGCAUAUAAAUUCAUAUAUUCAAUCUCGUUAGUAACGAACGAAAUAGAAACAUAAUUCUCUUUUUCUUUUUUGUUUUUUUUGUUGAAAAGAAAAUGUUUUUGUCAUAGAUUUUUUCUUCACACUUUCACUCAAAUCAAUAAUGAUAUCGCGUUUUAUUCAUUACAUUUUGAAAAUAAAAAAUGUAUCUUGUACACUAUACAACGAUUAGGGUAUUUUUUCAAACUAUUCAAAUUAUUGAUCGAAAUCAAUAAGAUUAUAAUUUGAUUUUUUUAAAAGAAUAGUAAUAUCUAAUAAUUGAGUUGUUGCUACCUUGACGUGGAGGUCGGGCUUGCCUGUCGUGAUGAAGCGACCGAGCUAUACUGGUUGGAACAACCGUUUCUCAAGGUUCUACCAUAUCAGACAGGUCGGUUGAAGAGCGGUAAGACUAAAAGCAACAAACCCAAGAUCCGAAGGCAAAGACGUACUGCUGAAUGUACAGAGCUGUGAAAGCAGUAGGGUGUUUCCUUCAGACAACCAGCAUGACAACGAUGCUGCCUUCCCACAAGAAGAGGUGGUGUUAGAAAAGGUCGAUCCUAAAAAUGCACACCUCGCCUUACCCCACGGAUAUCCGUCUCCGGCGGUAAGAUUUCAACAAGUACGAGCUAACACGAAAAUUACUCACAAAAAUGUCGUGUGUUACCGACCUCAAGCAGUUGUCCUUGGGCACAGUGGUCACACUCUCAGGUCACUAAGACCACCUCUAAUCCACUUUCUUUUUCAGGUACCUCCAGGACAACCCUUCCACGGUGUGAGCAACUGGGAAGUGAUAACCGCCCUCAUACCUCUAACAUCACUCAAGACCACUGUAUUCAUAAUCAACCUCCAUCUUCAAUUCCUAUUAUUCCUCAUACAUCGACAUUCAACUCUAAACUUCCUUUUUCGGCUUACCCCUCAAGUGUCACCAUAGCCAACGAUUCUAGUGCUCAAAACACUGUCCCGGGUGUACUGAAACCUCGCUCCAAACUACAUAUUGAAGACUUCAACGUACGCACACUAUGUCAAAUCAGUCAGCAGGCCUCCUUGGCUAGAACCCUGGAAUCUUGUGCCAUUGAUGUAUACUGUGUCUCCGAGGCACGCCAGUUCUCGUGGACUGGCAGGCGUGGACAUAGUACUAAGUAGAGGGCGGAACAAGCACUGUUAGAGUGGAUCCCCGUCAACAGUCGUCUAUGUGCUGUUCGGCUAAACGGCUCCGUAAGAACUCGGAAGGAUAGAGACACACAUCGUUGCCUUUUUGUCGUUUCUGCCUACGCUCCCACCGACUGCAGCUCAGAUGAAAUGAAAGAUGAAUUUUACAGAAAGCUAUCUGAACUUCUUCAGAAAGCUAAACGUUCAGACAUAGUACUCGUAGCAGGUGAGUUUAAUGCCCAGAUAGGUAGUUUAAACCAAACAGAAAGGCAUUUAGGUGGAUAUUUUAGUAUUCCGACACAGCAAACAGAUAAUGGUGAUCGUCUGCUGCAACUAUGCUCAGACAAUCGUUUAUUUUUAGCAAACACAAAUUUUAAGCAUAAGGAGAGACAUCGUCUAACAUGGCGACCCCCUACACCAAACCAACGAUGGACUCAAAUAGACCAUAUUGCCAUCAGUCAUCGUUGGAGAGGGUCGGUAGAAGAUUGUCGCUCAUUCUGGAGUACCUGCUUGGACUCCGACCAUGCCCUAAUACGGGCACGCAUCUGCUUGCGCCUCACUGGACGCAAAAAAGCCACAUUAAAAAGACCCAUUAGAACUGAGUUGAGUAACGAGAAAACCAAAAGUAGGUUCCAGGAACAACUGAGGUCAAACUCAGGUAGUUCUGAAAACGAGACUGACCCGGAUGUUGCUUGGAAGGAUAUACAAACAGCUGUGGAAACAGCAAUGAAAUCUAUUAGUGACUUAAACCACAGAGUUACAAAGAACCAGUGGAUUUCUUCAAAGUCUAUCACACUGAUGGAUUCUCGCAAACUCGUCCCAUCAGGUUCCGAACAUGAUGAAGAGCGACGACAAAUCAGAUCUAGGUUAAGAAAAAGUCUAAGAAACGACCGUGAGCAGUGUUGGGCAAUGAAAGCAAAAGAGAUGGAAAAGGCGGUGGCCAUAGGGAACACAAGACAACACUACAGACUAAUAAAAGAAACUGGAAUUAAUAAGUCAAGUUUAAGUCAGACUAUUUCGGAAAAAGACGACACUCAUCUCCUCCCAGUCCAGGCGUUUAGAACGAUGGGCGGAACAUUUCAGAAGACAGUUCAGCUGGCCUUCAGCUACUCUACAACUACCCUCCAUUCCCAGACAGUGUGAAUGGAACAUUGAAGUAGGUCCCCCAACUCUAGCAGAAGUUCAAAAGGCUAUAGUUAAUCUGAAACGAGGAAUGGCAGUUGGUCCAGAUGCAUUGGCUCCAGAGGUCUUUAAGGAUGGUGGUCCAAUUUUAGCGAUUAGUUGACUAAUAUUUUAGCUAAGAUCUGGGAGUUAGACGUCAUCCCAUCUGAAUGGUCACAAUCACUUAUCGUCCCAAUAUAUAAGAGAGGGUCAAAAUCAUCCUGUGACAACCAUAGGGGGAUUAGUUUAACUAAUAUAGUAUCUAAAAUACUAGCCUCGAUAAUUAUCAGACGCCUAACUAAGACUCGUGAACUGCAAACACGAGAGAACCAAGCUGGCUUCAAACCUGGUCGUGGCUGUAUCGACCACAUAUUCACCAUUCGUCAGGUUCUAGAACAUAGGCAUACUUAUCGGCGUCCGACAAUGGUGGUCUUUCUUGAUUUAAAAGCAGCAUUUGACUCUGUAGACCGCAAGAUUCUGUGGCAGUGUCUGUCAUUGAAAGGCGUACCUCAUAAGUACAUAAACCUUGUGAAGGCUCUUUACUCGAACACUACCAGUUGAGUCAGAGCUUAUGGCGAACUGUCAUCUGCUUUUGCAACCUCAAGUGGUGUCCGUCAAGGCUGUUCACUUUCUCCAUUUUUGUUUAAGUUCAUCAUAGACCUAUUGAUGGAAAUAACUUGCUCGUCUACUGAAUUCUCGGGUAUUGAUCUACUACCAGGAGGUCCACUUAUCGACUUAGAAUACGCAGAUGAUAUAGUCCUGUUUGGUGAAAACGCUGAUAAAGUGCAGAGUCUUCUAGUAGCACUGAGCAACAAUGCCCGAGUGUUUGGAAUGCGCUUCUCUCCCUCUAAAUGCAAGUUGUUGCUUCAGGACUGGUCUGCGUUAACACCUGAACUAAGGAUAGGGAGUGAAGUAGUCGAACGCGUUGACAACUUCACUUAUCUUGAAAUUCUGAUCAGCCCCAAUGGGUUGGUGUCUGACAACAUCUCUGCACGGAUUCGAAAAGCUCGUUUGGCUUUUGCCAAAUUGCGUCACCUAUGGCGAAGGCGAGAUAUUCGUCUAUCAAUAAAAGGACGAGUAUACUGCGCGGCAGUCCGUUCUGUUUUAAUUUACAGCAGAGAAACACGGCCAUUAAGAAUAGAAAACACUCGUAAGCUACUAGUAUUUGAUAACAGAUACCUUAGAAAUAUUGCUGGCGUCUGCUGGGAUCACCCGGUAAGUAAUAGUGAGGUUAGACGCAGGGUAUUAGGUAAUGAUGGUAAAUCAGUUGAUGAGGUUAUGAAUCUUCAUCGACUGACAUGAUUGAGCCACGUAUUACGUAUGCCUGAACACCGAUUACCAUGACGCGCAAUGCUGACUAGUGUUGGGGAUAGUUGGAAGAAAGUUAGGGGUGGCCAAACCAAAACGUGGCAUCAGGCCACAACGUCACUAACUUCUAGUCUUAGAUAUGUUGGUAGAUGCAGACUACUUGGUUGGGGUUCGAGUGACUAUUGUGACCAAUAGUUGAAGACUGUGUGUGACAUGGCUCAGAAUCGAUCAAAAUGGUGCAGGUGUAUACACUCUCUGUCCUCCCUUAAACUGAGAUUAAAAUUGCUAUAUAUAUUUCUUUCUACGAACUAAUUCUUCUUUUAUUAUGUCCUUAUGUGCUGAGAAUUCUGUAUUGUACCAAAAUAUAAUAUUGAAUAAAGCCAUUAAUAAUAAUAAUAUAUAUUACCAUCAUUUACUUCUAUGAAGUCGGUGUUCAUCUUGUUGUGCUAAUGCAGUAUGGCAACUUGGUACGAUGCACAUAUGUGCCUGUUCCUACGUUAUAGCUGACUGAAUAGUUGAUUUCAAAUGUCAAUUAAAGCUAGAUCAUCAUGAAAAACCUGAAAGCACUGGACUUCUGUUCCAUUCUAGUGUGGGAUUCCUCAGCGGGGUGCACUCACUAACCUGAUAGCGGGAUUCGAACACGGGACCUACCAGUCUUGCGUGCAAACGCCUAAGCUCUAGACCACUAAGCUGUCAUUCAACGGUGUUAAUGUCUAACUUAAACCAAUCCAUGGUGGGCUAACUUAAAUUAACUCAUGAAUUCAACUAUUAAAUUUCUAUAAUAUCCACGAAACCCCUUUGUAAUAAUAAUAAUAUUAAUAUCGUUGUGACACUUGAAUACAAUAUUUAAGUGUAGUGGAUAUAUUCAAAAGAGUUGUGCUUAUAAGCCAAUAAUUGUUUUUAUUUUCUAAAUAUGUGGAUUUGUAUCCAAGCAACAAAAUUGUUAAUAUAUUUGCAAAAUACAAAAAUAUGCAUUAGAUAAUUUGUUGAAUCCCUUUUGGUUAAACAAAUCAAUGCAGUUGAUUAAUUCAAUGUAUUAAAAUAGUUAGAAAUUUAGCGAUGGAUAGUUUAGCAGUUCAGUCAGUUGUUUGACAGAAGAAAUUCAAAUCCAUUUCAAAUAAGACUUGAGAUCUAUUCUGGAUUCAAUAAGCGUGUUAAAAUUCCGAUGGAGGACUGUACUAAACAUCUGUAAUACAGUCUGCCCGACUAACUAAUCAUUUUUUGGCUGCAGUUUCAAUUUGGCCACUAACGAAUGAUGAUCUGAAGCGAUAGCAGCUGUUCUCUGUUCUCACGUCUUCCAUAGACGUUCUGAGUUUUUUAAUUAAUGCGUCUUUGUAUGUGUUUGUGGAAACAAUAGUACCACUUAUAACGAUUUAUUGAAAGCACAUAGAUUUGUCAGUCUCAUUAUUUUUGUUCUUUUCUCCCCAUUUAUGUCUCCCUAUAUCUUUAAACAAAGUGUUGAUCUCCCAUUGUGAUGGUCAAGUUUUUUCAUGGGCCCUUCUUCAGAAUGGAAUGCAACCUCUCAUAAAACUGAUAUUUGUAAUGAACUUUGAGUUGGUAUUUUGAAAACAAGACAAACCUUAAUCAUUUCAGGUAAUCAUUAUCACGAUUGUCAACUUCAUCACUGAUUUUCUUGAUAAACGAACAGAAAGAAAACGAAAAUUUAGCUACCCAAAAAUGACUUAAAACCUAAACGAUCGAAAUAUUUGCCAACGUAUUAACCCUAGACCUUUGAGGAUUCAAAAUAAGAAAGAUUGAUUCAGUGAAGAGUUCUAUUUUCGGAGAAUUCAUUUUCGAAACUGUACAAUUGCAAAGAUAUGUACUUAUUUCACAUGAUUAUAAUAAUUACAAUAAUAAUGAUAAGAAAGUUCUGUUAAACAUCGUAACAAUGAAGUAGAAUAAACAGAGAUAUCAAAACGUUGUUUUUAUCAAGCAUAAGCUCAAUAAUCAGACACCUUGUGAACACAGGUCACUGAAUCAAAGUGGACUCUUCCCUCAGUCGUCUACAAGGUAAGUAUAAAAUUGUCAAAGGCAGUUUUAUAUUGGAUCUUCUUAUCACCAUCAAAAGAAUCUCUGGAAAAAUCAGAUAUAUGUGUCCAAAAGAAAUUGGCACAACCUCUUCUUCUACCAUGGUCUUAAUCCUUCAUAGUUUUCUCUCUUCUUCAUCAUUUUCUUCCACAGACAUCGACUUCACAUUCUAUUUUCUCGAUAGACCUUUUAUAAUGUACACGAACACACGUAGGUACAACCAGUGUGAAAUAUGAGAACCAUACAGUAAAUGCUUCAUUUGCAGAUUUUUAUCAUUUGUUUUUCACAUUCUGUAUGAUGGUUAUGAGUUUCAUAUUUUCUUCAACUGUAGGAAUGCAUCCCUUACUUUGUCAAUCCUUGCAUUUAUAUAUCUGAAUCAGAUGAUGCUUGUUGACUAAUGAUGCUACCGAGGUACGUGGCAGUUUCCGUAUCUUCCAGAGUUCCUCCACCAAGUGUUUGCCUGUAGCUGUUCUAGGGUUACUGACUGUCUCAAACUCGGGUAAAGGAGGAGGGUUGCGGAUGGGAUCCGCAAUCCCAUCCCAUAGAAAACAACCCUGUUAAAAAAAUGCUAACAAUCGCACACUGACUCAAUGAAAUUUAGUUAACAUAUAAUACUUUAAAUAAAUAUAUACCAUGGCUAACUAGUUAUAAUGAUAAAACUAAUUGUAAAUAGAAUUCACUUUUUAGAAAAAAUACCUGCCCAUGGAAACUAAUCACUUAUUUGUUUCUGUUUGCUUGAAAGAUUCACUCAAUAUGCCUACCAAUAGUUAUUAUUAUGACAUUGAUUAAAUAUAACGACGAGUGAAUGAAGUUAAUAAAUUAUUAACCCAUGACCUAACAGUCUCUUGCGCGAAUGCUUAAACUCUAGACCACUGAACCGGCAUCCAAUGUCAUUAACGUCUAACUUCCACCAAUCCAAGAUAUUGCGUCACUGUCCACCAAUAUCUUCAGUGAGUUUCUAUCUCACAACAAACCCGGCUGAACUCCACUGGUCAUUGUUUCUCACUAGAACUCCAGGAUAUGCCACUUGAAGUCAGUCAUCAGGAAGGGGUUUUAUGGAGAUUAUUUAACUGUGUUUCACUGAUUAAAUUAAAUUCAUUCGCUAAAUCAUUUAAUGUAAAUUGAGUUUAUUUUUCUACUUUAGCAAUAUUUUUCUUCAACGUAAACAUGAAAAUGAUGGAAGGAGGGGGGGGAGGAGUGAAUUUUUCUCUUUUAUGAUAAUGAAUUCAAGUUUACGAAAGAUAAAUAUGUCCAUGAAUUAGUAUAGAUUUAUCAUCAAAUAGUUAAUUUGAUUUGUAUGAGAGGAAGUUACAAGAGUUUUCAAUCUAAUAAACUGAACUAAUCGAAUGUAGAUAAUAAUUAAUCGUAGUUGUGUGAAUUCAUUCAUAUUAAAUACUGAUUUAUUAUUUUUUUUAAAAAAAGAUUGUUACAUGACAUAGUUACUGUUUACUUUAACCGUGUUUUGUCAAUAUUAGUUUGUUGUGGAUGUGCACUGCUGAGGAGUCCCACAAUAGGACGAAACGGCCGUCCAGUGCUUCCAAGUUUUCCAUGGUGGUCUAGCUUCAACUGACUCAAGAUCCUAACCAUUGUUCCUUCAUUUAUUCAUUCAUUCAGUCUACUCACCUAAUGAACGAUGCUAUAAAACUUAGUGGUUUGUUAGAGGGGAAACCUCUGUCCGACAAGUUUUUUUAUUGAAUUUUUUAUUGAUUUUGAAAUAAAAUUACGUACAUUAAGGUAAUGAGUAAUGAUAUUUCCAUGAAACGUCUAGUUAAUUUACAAUUCAGAUUUAUUUAUUUUCAUUUAUUAACUUUUCAUUUAUCAUGAAGAUGCUUAGAGCAAUUUCAUAGAAGGUGUUCCUUCAUCAUAAUAAAUCAUGAUAAGUGUAUCUGCAUUCAUAUUUAGGAUUGAAGUACAUUCAGCAGUUGAUUUAUCAGAUUCGUGUGAGCUUUUACAAGUUCUAGCACAACAGACUUAUGAUUCAUUGAACUAGAUUUAGAUGAUUAUUGAUGAAUUCCGAUAUCACUAAUGAAUUGAUGUCUUACUUAUGAGCAGUGAUUUAAAAAUUUUCUAGACAAUUAUAUUACUAUUGUUUACAGUUAUUAGCCGGACAUAGACUGGAUUAAAGCAUGCUCAAUGCACGAUUGCUUUGAUGCACGCUGAUUGGGUAAGAAUUAGCCAAUCAGCACUAGUCGAUAGUUGAAGAAUACUCUGGAAUCUUCUCAUGUAAAAACUAUAAAUACACUGACGUUUUCCCUAUUAUGCUUCUUACUUGCAUCUUACUUCCAUCUAACCUUGUUAUUUGGAAUAUAAUCUCUUUCCUUUUCAACCGUGUUCUGAUUUGGGGACUUGUCGAGUGAAUCGGUGUCCGAGAAUACUAAGCAAUAGGAAUAGCUGGGUCAUAACCGUAAGAAAGAGAUUAUAACACCAGUAAUCAGUUUCAUUGAUGUCGUUGGUUCUGUCAUCUAUACAUUUCAUUUACAUUGUAAUCAGAACAUUGAAUCUUUAGUAAAUAAAGUGCUUAUGAAUGUUGAAAGCUGAAAACCAUGGGAGCAACUUAUUUACGAUGAAAGUUUUGCACCAGGUUUUACUUAUGCAUGCUUCCGUACGUUUUGUACUCAUGAAUUUCUAUUUUUCCUAAAAAAAAGACACUUGAAGAGCAUCAUAGAGUUGGUACAUAUAUUUUUGGGUUUUUAUUAUUCCAAAAUGGGAAUUGUUAUGACUGGUGGUCAACUGAUAUGACUGCAUCAUUAAUUGUUGUGUGUGAUCGUCGCUGACUGUUAAACCGAAAUCUCUUAUCAUUCAUGCUUGUAAAUUGAGGAUCUACUGUAAUUCUCACGACGUAAAAGUAAGAACACAAAAAAUGAUAUACAUAAAGAUUUAUUAACCGGAAAACACGAUGACGACAACCACCCUCAUUGAAAAUAUACUCAUUUAUCUAUUGAUUGUACACCGAUUUCGAUUAAUCAUUAGAAUGUAAUCACAUAUAUGAAAGAAUAUUUACAGUUAUAACAAAAAUCAUAUUCCACAUGUUAUGCUGUGCAUAGUUCAAGUCUAUUAAAUACAAGAAUAUCGUAUGUUAUACAGAAUAAGUUAUCAUACGGGAAAACAGAAAGAAAUACUACAUUGAGUAAUCAUUGCAUUGAAUCAAAGCGGAAGUAAUCUUCAACAAAACUCAUAAUGAGUCAUUUCAAUAGUUGAAAUCAUGAGUCGAUUGAAGCUAGACUACCAUGGAAAACCUGGAAGCACUGGAUGAUCGUCUCGUCCUAUUGUGACUUUUUAUCUCGUCAUAACAGGAAUUAACUUUACUGGAAUUCAUUCAUGAAAUGUACAUUAAAACAAGAAACAUUGAUUCAGAGAAUUCAUUUUUGAAGUUGUACAAUAACUAAUAUCCAUUUAUUUUUCAAGAUGAUAAUACUCACAAUAGUGAUACAACAACUUUACUGUAAUCAAUUUUAAUUCUGGCUAAAUGUUGUUAAGCCGUUUUAUUCACUUGACAAACAUUGAAAUUCGACCAGUAAUAAUUCGCAUCUAUCAUGAUACUAUUGAUGAUCACUAUUUUGUCUGUAUAAAUGUGUACUCUUGAUCACAUGUGACAGUCUACAUAUAUAUCUCUCUUUAGCUUAAAAUGUUAAUCGCUUAAAUAUCACUCGAUGAAUUAUUCUCUUUCCCAUGUAUAUUAUGUACUCGAAGCAUUUGCCUUACCUAAUUGAGCCUUAUUUGAUUUGACUGUAAAUUUGCCUCUGUAUUUACUCGUAUAUGCAUAUUGCCUCUGUGCUUCAAAUUCACUCAAUGUUCUUGUAGUUUUGUAAUCUGUACUGUCUGCAACUGAACUACAGUUGUCACUUUUUAUUGCCUUCUGAUUUAAAACACCGUUGAGAUUUAUAUGAUAACGGUUAUCAAGGGGGUGCUCCUUCACGAUGAGUAACAGGCGUAAGUAAGUAAGUAAGGUUAUCAAGGGGAUUAAUUAAUGAAGCUAAGCCACUACACUGACAUCGGAGUAUAAACAAAAAGAUCUUGACUUUAUGAGAUAAACAAUAAAUUAUUCACAAUUUAACUUAAAUAACUAAAGACAUUGAUGAUUACAAGAAAAAGAGAAUUCAGUGAAGAAAACUUUUUCUUCUUUUCGACGAAAUGAUUUACUUAAACAUGAGAAUGUAAACAUUGUCAUCUUGAAUAAUGUCACUUGAUGGGGUAACAUCAUUUUGGAAUAAGUUCUCAUCAAAUUCUAAAUAUUCUGUGAAAGAAAGUUUGUUAUGCCCCGAUAAGAAUAAUGAGGGGUAAUUUUUGGGAUCCAUUUGUGGACCAAAUGCUAUACGUAUAUUUUUAUCGUAUAAUUGUUAAUGAACUAAACUAUUCUUAUCGAUUAAAUGUUUAGGUAUUUCUAUGGUAGUCCAUUGACUAAAUCAUCGAUUAAAUGUUUAAAAAUACUUCCAUGGUAAUAUCGAUUAUAUACAUAUAAUUGAUAGAUGUACGUUUUGAAUUGUGUUUGUGGAUCGCUAUGUGAUACCUCGUUUCUGGCUGUUGCACAAUAUACUUUUCCCAUUCCAAGCUUGGACUUCUCCCUCUAGUUAGUGGGGCUGGGACGCAUCAAAUAGCUAGCUUCCUGGUCUUUGGUCACUGAGUCUUUGUUCUUGUUCGCAGAUGAAGUGAACUCGUGAUAACUUCAAACCUAGCAAAGUUUGACAUUUAAAUCAUGGAAACCAAGCAAUGCAUAUUUAACCAAUUCACUCAUAAUCAGUUAUAUCUAACCACCUUAAAUAAACAAACAUAAUUAUAUUUCCAUUCAAUACAAUAUAUACUGUAAUUUCAUUGUAGUUCAGUUCUAGUUACAGAACUUACGUAGAUUAGUUCAAUUUCAAGAUGACUUAAUCACAUGGUGACUUCAAGUGAAACGAAUCGAAAAACCAGAUAAUGUUUUAUAGAACUGUAGUUUAUUUCAUAGGUUAUAACCUCAAUCAAUUCAAGACACCAUACAACCAUUUCCUAUCGUCUUCAGUAGAUCAUUGACUUACAUCCGACAUAGCUGAACUUCAAUGGCCACGACUUCUCAUUAGAACUCCAGAAAUUUAUUCUCCAUGCUAGUCACUAGUGAGCACAUGAUAGUUUUCAGUAUAGGUAUGUGGAAAUUGUCAAGUUUCGUUGGAAUCAUAAACUGUGUUAGGGAUCCUUAGUGGAAAUGUAGUGGAUGAGUGCUGAAGUGUAGUAUAUUAAUUUAUUGUUC